GGAAUUUAUGUUUUUAGUUGAUGGUAGUGGCAGUGUGUUUCUGAGUCAAGUGCACAUGCAGAGGAAAAUUAUAGACUAUUGAUAGCAAUUUUUAACUUACUGGUAGUACAAAUAUCUAUUUUCAAAAUGUUUGGAAAUAUAAAUAAGGAAUUGCUACCUAUAAAAGCACAUUAUUUUUUAUUUAAUGCAGCUACUGGACCAGUAGUGCCAUUUUUACCGACAAUUGCAAAACAAUUAGGCUUUUCUGGUCUUUUGGUGGGCACAAUAUAUACAAUAUUACCAAUUUCUGGUUUAGUAACAAAACCUUUAUUUGGUAUAUUAGCUGACAAAUUUAAAAUUCAUAAAAUGUUAUUACUAAUAUUUCAAAUUGUAGUUACAAUUGCUAUGUUCACAAUAUAUUUUAUACCUGAGAUAGAUAAUAAUGCAAACGUUAAUCUUACUUGUAAUGGUGAUGCAUCUUUAGAAAUGUGUUCAAAACAUGGAUUUUCUGAUAAUGUUAUACAUAAUGUGAUAACAGAAACCACUCAUUUAAAUGUAUCAUGUCAGGUAUCAUGUAAAGCUUCAAAAGAAAUUUAUACACAAAUGUGUGUAUAUUGGAAAGCAUUUCAAUUUUGUGACUUAGUCAAUUCAAGUUCUAUUUUGGAUUCAGAUACAUUUGACUUUACCUUAACAUUUGACAUGUUUCAUGACUCUUAUAUGAAUAAAUGCAUGUACGUACGUAUUUUUACUGCCAGAUUCUCAGAUAAUAAACCAUAUAAACCAGUUUGUGAAAGUCAUGUGAGGACAUCAUGUACAGCUACAUGUUAUGAUAGUCCAACCUUUAAUCAACUUUUACAUGAAAUUGGUGAUUUCCAAAAUUCUACACAGAAUUCAACAUACCAGUUUCAUUCAUUUUUGUGGGCAACUACAAUAAGUUGGAUUGGAAUGGCAGUUGUUGUUAGCAUAGCUGAUGCUAUAUGUUUUAAUCUGCUUGGAAAUGAAAGAAGGAAGGAAUAUGGAAAACAAAAGAUGUGGAGUAGCAUUGGUUUUGGUAUUUUUGGAAUAAGUGCAGGAUACAUGGUAGAUGUAUUUAGCGAAGGAAAGCUUCAAAAAGACUAUACCUGUAUAUUUUAUAUGAUGUUAAUUAUUAUGAUUUUCGACAUUAUUGUGUCUGCAACAUUAAGAAAGAAAAAUCCAGAAUACUCUGAGGAUGAACCUUCAACAUUGUGGGAACUAUUCAGCAUCCUUAGGAAGAGUAAUAUAUUGGCAUUUGGAUGGUGGUGCAUAGGUGCUGGAAUGUGUACUAGUGUAGUAUGGAAUUUUCUAUUUUGGUACACUGAAGAUUUAGCAAAUAGUUCUCAAAUAAAAUGGUUGAAAACUUUACAAGGCCUUUUAACUGGGGUACAGAGCUUUUUAGGAGAACUACCAUUUAAUUUCAUCUCAGGAAAUAUAUUACGAAAAUUAGGCCAUGUAAAUGUUAUGAGUUUAGUUUUAUUGAUUUAUGCAAUUAGAUUUAUGGUGUACAGUACUAUAUCAAAUCCAUGGUGGUUUUUAAUUAUUGAAAUACUUCAUGGACCCUCCUUAGGUCUUUGCUGGCCUACAAUGGUAUCAUAUGGAGAUAAAGUAACACCACCUGGUACCAAAGGUACCAUCCAAGGAUUUAUUGGCGCUAUAUUCGAAGGAAUUGGAGUAUCAACCGGUAGUUUAAUAUGUGGAUGGUUAAUAGAUACAUAUGGCUGUGUUACAAUGCUAAGAGUAUUUUCAGUAGGUGCAUUAUUAUGGUUAAGUUGUUUCUGGCUUUUUCAAUUGUUACUACGAAAAUUUAAAACAUCGCCGAUACAUACAGGCCAUAAUCACUUGGCGAAUUAUGCUAAUCCAGAUGAUGCAAUUCUUAUGACUAUGAGUCGCGAAUUACAGACUUAUUAAUAAAAUAAAAAAGCAGUGGUUUCUGUUUUAAAAAUUUGAUAUAUUCAUUGCUUGUUUACUUAGAUA